AUGGGGCAGCUGAGUAAGUUCUUCUACCGGGUGACGAUCGACAAAACCUGUCGUGAUAUGCUACAUCCGGAUCAAAACUGCCCCACGGCGUGGUGUACCUUCUUCUAUCAGGGUGUACUAGGAGGAUUGCGCCACUAUCUUCCGGCGGUUAUCACUCCCCUACUGUUUCGCAUUCGUGAAUGGAACAAGCCAGAGGUCUGGAAACACUUCUUCCGGCAGUAUCUAUGCUGCGUCCUGGCCGGUAUGCCGAUGACGGCAGGGAGUUUCAUUGCGUUCUGCGCUUUCCACCACAUCAUGGGGCGAUUUCCACCAGCCUGGUUUGUGCUUAUUCCGUCGCUAGCCGGUGGCAUCACUGUGCAGCAUCUGCCCAGGCACAUCGUCCGCGCCCAGGGUAUUGGACUGUUCAAUAUGUAUCUCGAGUUUCUUAUACGGCGCGCCCGCAGUCCCCUAAUGGCGUCCCUGCGUACAUCCAGGCUGUGUGCGACCAUCACAUUCGCGCUGCUCAGCUCCUGCAUCAUGGCGGCAAGGCAGUUUCUGCACGUCGACCGGUUCUGGUUUGCCCGCACGUACCCGGACGUUGCUGGUGAUUCGACCCGCUGUCAUCACUCGCAGCUGCUCCACGCCGAAGGAAGUCCCACUCCGGUCGAUGUGAGCUGCCAGAAGCACAUCACCCGGGAGGUACUAACAUCGUUCUGCAUCGGGCUAGCGAUCAGUGUGGUGAAAAUUGCUCUUCCGAACGUAAAGCUGCUCGUGCGCAACCCACUCGGACUGCUUCGGCUGUUGGCUACCCGGUUCGAUCUCGGAUUGCUCAGCUUCAUAACGCUCUACAAGGCACUGUACGAGGUGGCUAGCUGCAGUCUCACCCCCUAUAAACCGACCAUCGGACCGUACGUGCGCAGUGCCAUCGGUGGGUUUAUGGCGGGACUAGCGUACUGCUGCUUUCCAAACUACUUGCUGUUCACCUUUCCGAUCACCGAGCUGGCGGAGCUCUGCUGGCUGGUGUACAUUAAACACGACGCUUUCCCGAAGCCCCGAGUGGUACGCUGGUUCGACAUGAGGGUCCCGGUGUCGAUGAUCCUAUACACUGCCUGCCUCGGACUGCUGUGCCACCUGCGCAUCGUGUAUCCGUACCACGUCAAUCGGUACUGGCAUAAACUGAUGGCUAAUGGGACAUGGGGCCGCUCCGAAGCACUGGCCAACGGGUACGCCAGUAUCAUGAUGGGCUACAAGUAA